UGCGCACUGCUGUGGUAGGGCACCUUCCGGUUUCUUCACUCUGGCUCCCAAACUCAGGGUUUUUAUAGGUCUGGCCUCGCGCUGUGGUUUUCGGGCCCCGCGACGCAGAGGGCCUACCAUCUCCAUUGUGAGUGACUUAGCGCGGAAUGAUGUUAUGUGAAGUUCUGUGAGCGUGGGGAAGACGGCUCCUGGGAGCGCGAGGACUCUGCGCACGCGCGUUGCUGCGCUCUUGAUGCCCGGCGGUCGAGGUUAAUUUUUAUUGUGGAUUUUACGGCAUGAGAUUCUGCUUAUCCGAACUACUUAGCUGUCAUUCCCCACUGGAUUUUGAAGACAGGAGGAGUUAAUUCCUGUGUUGCUCUGCCUCCAGAGCACUUAACUGGUUUUCAGAAUGGCUGCAGCUCCUCAAGCCUCGGGGAGGGGCUCUGUUCGGAAGACAAGACCUUUAACUGUAAAGAUUUCGCUGAAUAACCCAUAUGCUAUCUACUGGAGUGUUCUGGAGAGGGAGGAUAUGCACUUCAUAUUACAGACACUUGAGGACAGAUUUAAAUCUAUUGGACUUCAGAAGAUUGAGGAAAAAAAGAAAAAAAAGCAGCCUUUUUUAAAAAAGCCAAGCAGAGACAAAUGUAGCAUAGAUGUCGAUAUUAGAGAGGAUCUGAAGGAGAAAAAACCAGAAGGUAGCCAAAAAGUGUCAGGAUGGACCCCUGUGCCCGUUAGGAAGCAGCUUGCUAUUGGCAUUAAUGAAGUUACCAGAGCUCUGGAAAGGAAUGAACUGCUUUUAGUACUGGUGUGUAAGUCAGCCAAGCCUGCCAUCCUCACCUCACACCUGAUUCAGUUAAGUGUCAGCAGAACUGUUCCUGCUUGUCAGGUUCCCCGGCUCAGUGAAAGGAUUGCACCUGUCAUUGGCUUAAAAUGUGUCCUGGCCUUGGGGUUCAAAAGGAACACCACUGAUUUUGCCUAUGAAGUAAAAGCCAUAAUUCCCAGGGUACCCAGCUUAAAUGUACCAUGGCUACAAGACAGACUUGAAGACUCCAGGGAAAAUUUCGAGACUGAGUCUUUGGAAAGCCAAGACAAAGAGAUGUUGGAAAUUUCCUUUGAAGACCUCUCUCAACAAAAGAGAAAGCUUGUUGAAAGUCAGCAGGCUGUAGUGUUACAACCUCUUAAAAUAAAGAAACUGAUUCCAAACCCCAAUAAGAUAAGGAAACCACCCAAAAGUAAAAAAACUACUUCAAAGUGAUCUUGUGUAAACUUGUCAUUUCAUACAGUUGUAAAAUGACACCUUGUAAAGAAGCCUUAAAACUAAAAAAAUUAAUUACCUU